AUGGAUAAAACUCGGAAACUAAGUACGGUUGUGUUUUAUCAGCCAGAUGAGGAGUCAGUUAUCAGUCGACCCGGGGAGGGACCAGAACCAUCUGUGGGAGAGGUAUCGUCUACCACCACAACCUUAGAAAAGAACGGCAGUUCUCAGAAAAGACUCUCAUUGGCAUUCAUCCGGAGGAAAACAGAGUCGGAGGAUAGUGGAGUCAAAUCGGAGGAGGAUGGAAGCUCCACUACACAUUCAUCGAGGGCACGUUCCAAUAGUCGCUGGAGUCGAUUCUCUCGGAAUGUCUCGUUUUCGUCUACCGCAUCCCCGUUAUGGGACUUUCCCUCUUUUGACGAACUGUUCGAUAGUGGUGGCAAAGCUAAACUCGCCCUGCACAGGUCCCCUACUUCUGUCAGUGACGUCAUACCGAGAUCCCCGACGAGCACGUCGUCAAUAGGAGGUGAGUUCGUCAUGUUGGAGGAAGAAAGCGUUGUCAAUGCAACUUCCGGUCAACCAAACAUGGAUCCCCGUCAGUCCGUGAUCUCACGCCAGGACAGCAUUAUGAAUCAGUCAUUUCGGUCACUUCUGUUCAAGAGCUGGGAAGGUAGUCAGAAUAAUUUCGUGAGCUUCCGGUCCAGACUGGGUGGAAAUGUCCGUCACAAGUACUGCAUGUGUUGUAGGAUUACAAGUACGCCCUUUUUGUUUGUCAACGUCUCUAUAGGAAUGUUCAUCACGUGUCUAGGAGUGUUGUGUUUCAUCCACUGCCGAAAUGAGAUGAUGAUGUCGACCUAUGUCCUUAUUAAUGGCUUGCUGUCCGUCUUCUUCUUCCCAACCGUCAUCAUGGCAUGGAAUACACGUAUCGGUGGUUGUAUAAAUGAGUCAAAAAAGGAGGAGGAUGCGGAGAAACAGAGUCCGGUUUUUUUCAUCGUGACCCUCUUAUGUCGAACCGUUUCCACAAUCAUCGGCACGUGUCUGUUGGUGUACCGAUAUUACUGGAUGGACCCGGUGUGGGAGAAUACCCUUUGUGAAGUGGAGUUUUACAUGAUUUUCGCCAUCGUUGCCAUAGAAUGGUCAUUCAUCGUGUUAUUCCUCAUUACACCGAUAAUUAUUUACUUCUGCUUAUACCGUGUCGCUCCUUACCUAUCAGACGAAUAA